AUGCCCACCGCGCCUAAGCAACGGAAGAUAGCUAUUGUUGGCAGUCGAUCUGUUGGUAAAUCUUCUCUCACAGUUCGCUUUGUCGAGCAUCAUUUUGUAGAAAGCUACUAUCCGACGAUUGAGAACACAUUCAGCCGGAUCAUUAAAUACAAUGGACAAGAUUUCGCAACCGAAAUUGUCGACACAGCUGGUCAAGAUGAAUACAGCAUCCUAAAUUCCAAGCAUUUCAUUGGAAUUCAUGGAUACAUUAUUGCCUAUUCAGUGGCUUCACGUCAAUCUUUCGAUAUGGUCCGUGUCAUUCGGGACAAGAUACUGAACCAUCUUGGAGCAGACUAUGUACCUCUAGUGAUUGUUGGGAACAAAAGUGACCUUAAGCCCGAACAGCGUCAGGUCUCUUUGGAUGAGGGCCGGCAAUUAGGGGAAGAAUUCCAUUGCGCGUUUACUGAAGCUAGCGCUCGUCUUGGCUAUAACGUCGACAAGACCUUCGACCUGAUUAUUGGUGAGAUUGAAAAAUCUCAGAACCCGUCGCAACCUGCAGGCGCCAACAAAUGCACUGUUAUGUGA